CGCGGACCAGACGUCCGGAGCUGCCGACUCCAUAUAAUCGACAGCGCCGGCGGCGACGGUGCACAGCGGACCACGCGGUCCCUGGGAACCGCCGGCUCAGCGGACUCAGUGGAACUCAUAGACUCACUCAGUGGUCUAAGCUCAGUGGAUCAGGCUUAGAGAGUCAAGCUAACCGACUUAGAUUGGAAGCUCACUUUGAGUGCGUCCGAGUUGACAUAAUUUGGUCACAACAUUGAGCGGACUUCCGCCACAAGUAUGACUCGUCAAGUGAUCCUCUUGGCAGCGGUGUCUGCGUUCGUCAGCGCCACAGCCGCUUCACUGCGUCUGAAACCAGCUCGGAGUGAACUAAGCCCGUCACCUCAACCACGCUUUGGAUCGGGUUUGGUCCAUGAGAACUCCUCGGAAAAUGACAGAAGACUCCAUGUUCAAAGCUACGACAAAGUGAAUCCCGAAAAGCCAGAGUUGAUUCCGCUUCCGUCGAGCCUGCCGCACAGUGCUUCUGACCACAAUUUUGAGGAAGCCAUCAUUCUUCAUCAUUAUGAACAUCAGCGACGGGAGUACCAGCAUCACGAACCGGAAAACAAUGAACACAGAGCUAGCAUGUGGAACAGCUUCGAUCCCAGAGGACACGGUUUGGCGCACGAUGACCAGCUUCAGAGAGGUGGCCGUGAGAAAAGAACCUUACACAAAAUCUGGAGGGGACUGGACAAAUUUGGGAGAGGCAUAAAGAACAUGCUGCUUCCCACCCGGCGGCCCGGGCCGCUGCCUGGACUCGCUGCGGACCAACCAGCACCGGAUCCAGGACCCUGGAGUCCAUCGGUCCCGGGAUACGGGACUGCAGGAGGCCCAGGAUACUGGGUUCCAGCCGGCGAUGGACCGACAGGACACUGGAUCCCGGCCGGCCUGGAGCCGCCGGCCGCUCAGCCCACAGCUCCUGUCUGGACGGACUGGUACGGCUCGAGAGAUAGAGACACAACGCCACACCCCCAAUGGUGGACAUCCGCGACCUGGACUGCAAGUCCGACCGCAGCUUGGACUACAACUUCCUCGCCGGCACCUACCACCACGACUCCUUCCCCAGAGUCAGCAACAACAGCCACACCAGCACCCACAUCUACAGCGGCAGCCGCCGCUACCACCGCGGGCAGCCGCAGCGGCGGCGGGAUCCUGGUGCUCGUCACCCAGCCCCAGAUCAGCGACGGACGACCGGCGUGUCGGCGCGGCUUCACCUAUCACGCGGAGAGUCAGAUGUGCCACGAGCCCUGUCCGUCAGGCGCCUCGUUCCGGGCACACCUCGCCGCCUGCUACUGCGACCGCGGCGACUACGCCGUCAAUUUCUUCCUCUGGCGCUGUGCGCCAGCCGGCGGCGGUACCUGACAUAUGUAAUGUCAUGUAACAAAAGUAGCUGCUUGCAUGGCGAAGCCGGUGACAGAUAUAAAAGUGCGAAUCGUCCAGUUCAUAACCGCUUGUGUCAAAUAAAACAAACACUGCAAACGGUAAUA